GCUAGACUAUAUAUAAACCCGUCGAGAUCAUCUCCUCCCGAAGACUUCUUAUAGUUUGCAAAGCUUCACAAACUACGCGCAAGCACAACUUUAGCUCUUCCUUUCCGCUCAUUUGGUAGGGCUGCACGAGAAAGAUCCAACUGCGACGCGAAGGAUAUCUAUAGCAAGAGCAAACAUGCAGCUUGCACACUUUCUUGCGUUCAUCUUGCUGUGCGUGCAUUAUGGAGCAAAUGCACUGACAGCCACCGUCACCGCUGCGCCCUCCUCCGCUUUGCGCGCGGACAAUUUCAGCAACAUACACGCCGGGACGGACGGCGGCUCUUCUAAAAGCAGGAGGAAGCGUUACAUUAGUCAGACCGACAUGGUGGCUAUUCUUGAUUACCAUAACAAAGUGAGGGGCAAGGUGUACCCCCCGGCAUCGAACAUGGAAUACAUGGUGUGGGAUGAUACUUUGGCCAAGUCAGCUGAGAGCUGGGCCCACGCCUGCAUGUGGGAGCACGGCCCGUCUCAUCUCCUUAGGUUUCUGGGUCAGAACCUCUCCGUCAGGACGGGACGGUAUCGCUCCAUCCUUCAGCUGGUGAAGCCGUGGUACGACGAGGUCAAAGAUUAUUCCUUUCCUUACCCCCGCGACUGCAACCCCCGCUGCCCCCUCAGAUGCUACGGCCCCAUGUGCACCCAUUAUACCCAGAUGGUUUGGGCCACGUCCAACAAAGUGGGCUGUGCCGUUCACACGUGCCACAAUAUGAACGUUUGGGGUUCCGUGUGGAAACGGCCGACGUAUUUAGUCUGCAACUACUCACCAAAAGGCAACUGGAUUGGAGAGGCUCCCUACAAAGUCGGGGUCCCCUGCUCCGCCUGCCCCCCCAGCUACGGCGGUUCGUGCAGCAACAACAUGUGUUUCCCUGCUCUGAAGACAAACUACCUGCACUGGUUCAAAUAAACAAGGCCAGCCACACUACCACAGAGACACCAUUCUCAUCGAAAGGUGGAAGGAUUUGCACAUGGACCAGUCUAUUUUGUAUAUAUGGCGUAUUUAAAGACACAGACGCAAUUGAAGGCAGCAGACAAUUUUAACGAUAUGUACAUGAACUGUAAAUUAAUUUCGCUUUACAAGACUUUUUUUUUUGGUACCUGCCUGGAUUUAUUUUUUGUAAUUUAUAUGGAGAUGGGUCCUUAAAACACACACACAUUCAUCACACAUGCGGUCCUAUGUACUUUUGAACAAUGUAGCAUUCAAGGCCCCUACAUGACGAUAACUGCUCAUGUGCGCUCGCUAUGGUGCUGCUAUAAGGGCAUCACACCUUCGUGUUGUGUGCUCUUGUUUUUGUCAGAAUGUUGGGAUGUAACUUCAAACGCCAGCGUGGCAACACCACCCGUGUCAUCCUCGGGCGUCUAUUUUGGGCCGGUGAGGAAUUGGCAAAAGUGCACUUACAAGUUCAAAUGUAUCUCCCAGUUCAGGAACAU